AAGAGGCUGUGCCAAGGUCGGGAGCUUUUUACGCACAGAACCUGUUCCGCUGAGCUGCGCUUCACUCGCCCAGCCGCUGGGAAACGUGUCCUUCUCUUUCCGGAUGAGCAGCUGGAGCUGUGCGCAGAGAAUGGCUCGGAUCCUUUUGGUGUGCGCGCAGUAAGCGCCGUGCGUAAAAGCGCUGUGGAGUUUGUGUUCAGCAUGGAUCAGAGCGCGGCGCUCCUCCUUGUGCUCGUCAUAACUGCUCAGGUCCUUCCUCCGGCUUGGGGCUGCAGCAGGAGUUUCUACGAGAGGGUGAUCACUGACCUCUGCUUAGUAAAGUUCAAACUAGACAUGGGAGGCCUGGAACGAGGCCUCUGGUGCAGCUGGCCUGACACCAUGGAGAUUUAUGAGGGCGUAACAAACUGUACGUUCCAGGUGGCCUUGCGGUUGGACUGCUUUUGGCCGAACCAUAUCGUCGACCGCGUCUUUAUGCAGAUUCACCAGAUGUACUUCCACGACUGUGCUCUGACCGGUCGGCUUCUUCAUGACCCGCCGGUCAGCAUCUUGGCACCAUUUAUCGCUGUGCCAGUAUUGGUCACCCUACUUAUGACUGUCAUAGUGGUGUGGAGGAGUAAGCGAACAGAGGGAGUUUUAUAGCAAGUGACUGAGUUCUGAAUUUGGGUUUAAUAGGUGGUGAUCAAUAUGGACUCAUAAACAUACCUAUUGUUUUCCUCUGUAGUUUCUCUGUGUCCUUAAUAAAUAGUGUAUGAAUAUAUUACUGUCAUUGCAUGAUGACUGCUUUAAUGCUGCCAACAGAUGAUGUUACUGCAGUUUGAAAUCAGCUGAAAUUGACCACUUGCCACCCAAUUCCAAUAAAGUU